UGCCACUUGAUUGCGGUUAUAGACGGCACUCCUAUAUGAUUGAUAGGGGUAUUAUCGAAAAAUCGUUUGCGAUGUUCCAGAGGCUUACGUACAGAGUACUGGGUGCUUCGGGUUUUCACGAUCCCAGGUCGUCCGUAUUGGUUGGCUGAUCUAUCUUAUCGUGCUCGGUAGCUUGAUGCACUUCACUUUGACAUGCAAGUAGUGCUUUCAGGGUUCGACGGGUGUACCUUCUUCCCGAGCCCAGCCCCAGGACCGCCAGAGUCAGCUGAGUGCAAAAAAAUACAAAUAUUACUAGAAGUUGAAAGUCAUUAACCAUCAGUCAAUCGCGGAUUGUUGAGGCGUAAAGGUGGACGUUUAUGUACUGUACGCCGCUCGGCUCACUGGAGAAUUAUGUAUUAGAAAAAGGCAACCGGUGCGGGCCCACAAUAAGUGUAGGAAAAAAGUCGUGAAAGAAGUAUCAUCGCCGCACCGCUUACGUUCGUUGGGUUGUGUUUUGGAAGGAGAAAUUAUGUGAUUGAAAUAUUUAAUAGGACUAUUGUUGAAUAAUUUGUUUACAGUGAAUAGCUCAACGUGAAACCGGGAGAGUUUUCGGGUUUGUGGAGUCAAUAAAGUGGACGCAAGGUUCGCAGAAGUUUUUGACAAAAUUUCCGGUUGAGGUCGUUGUCGUCACGUGGAUUGGAAGACUAGGUUCAAAAUCUCCGAUGGUUUGGAAGUGAAAGAACUUUCGUCGAGAAGCGUGCAUUUUCUGACGAGCAGAAAUCGAUACUAAGCACAAUGAAGAUAUUUUCCAUUGCACUGGCGGUAUGCCUCUGCCAUCUGACAUCCUCCUUGCCCCAGGUGGUGGUUAAAAGUGAUGUCCUCAACGAGGAGCAGAUGAAGGAAAUCCUAAACCAGUAUGACUCCGAAGUGCGUGACUAUUGUAACCGGCAAGUGCAAGCAAACUGGAAUGUUGCCAUCGACACCGAGAACACUGGCUAUCAGGAAGAACAGAACGCGAUUUCCUUGGAGUACGCCAAAUUUCGUACCGACUUCUACGAGCAAUAUUUCAAGGAUGCCGUAGUGGAAAACUAUCAGGAUUCGAAGGUGAAGAAGCAAUUGGCGCUGCUUAAAGAUCUCGGAACUGCCGCAUUGCCAACCAGCGACCUGGAGGAAUACAAUAAGGUCCUGAGGCGGAUGGAUUCGGCCUACCAAUUGGCAGAAAUUUGUCCUUACAGUAAUCAGAACUGCACAGCUGGAUCGCAAAUGUGGACCCUUGACCCAGAGAUGGAACAAGUAAUGGCAUCGUCCACCGAUUACGAAGAGCUGUCAUACACCUGGCGAAGAUGGCGCGAGGAGUCUGGCAAGAAGAUGCGUGAAGACUAUAAGCUCUACGUUGAUUACGUUAAUCAGGCGGCAACGUUGAAUGGUUAUGCGGAUUACGGUGAAUUGUGGCGAGCUCGGUAUGAUGACUCGGAUCUUCGCGGAACCUUGGAAAAACUGUGGAAAGAAGUUGAACCUCUUUACAACGAACUUCAUACUUACGUGAGGUUCAAGUUGCUGGAUUUGUACGGUGACAAAAUGGAUCGAAGCAACGAGAAAAUUCCGGCGCACAUUCUGGGCAACAUGUGGGCCCAGUCCUGGGUAAACCUGUACGAUCGAAUCAAACCCUUCCCGGAGGCCAGUCUGGUUGACGUCACCGCUAAAAUGCAACAGUUGAACUACAGCGCUACCAAGAUGUUUGAGAUGUCGGACGAGUUUUACCAAAGUCUUGGUCUGCCGAGCAGUGCCAUGAGCUACGGACCUAAAGCCGUAAUCGAGAAGCAGCCGCAGAAAAUGGUUUGUCAUGCCUCGGCGUGGGACUUUUGUGACGGAGAGGAUUUCCGAAUCAAAAUGUGUACCAACAUAAAUAUGGAAGACUUCAUAACCGUUCACCACGAGAUGGGACACAUCAUGUACUACAUUUUGUACAAGGAUCAACCACAGUUGUUCAAGACCGGGGCCACCCCGGCAUUCCAUGAAGCCGUCGGUGAUACGAUUGCUCUAUCCGUCGCAACUCCAAAGCAUUUGCAGAAAGUCGGUUUGUUGGAUGCGUACGCAGAUAGCGAAGCGGAUAACAUCAAUGCACUGUUCGAAAUGGCUUUGGAACGAGUUGCCUUCCUGCCGUUUGGGUAUCUCAUUGAUCAGUGGCGUUGGGAUGUGUUCAGUGGAGCGGUCAACGAGAGUGAGUGGAACUCUCACUGGUGGAGUCUUAGAGAGAAGUACCAAAAAGUAUACGCCCCUGUGUCACGAUCGGAGGAAGACUUUGAUCCGGGCGCAAAGUAUCACAUUCCUGCAAACUCGCAGUAUAUCGCCUACUUCCUGGCCCAUAUCCUGGAGUUCCAGUUCUAUAGAUCGCUUUGCAUUGAGGCUGGUGAGUACAAUCCAGCGAAUAGUUCGGUCAAUCCGUUGCACAAGUGCGAUUUUUAUAACAGCACAGCGGCGGGCGUCAAGCUGCGGGAAGGUCUAUCACUUGGCUACAGUGAAGAUUGGAGACUAGCGUUGGAGAAGUUGACCGGAGGUCAGGAGAUUAGUGGACAAGCUUUGCUGGAAUAUUUCGAGCCGCUGUAUGAGUUUUUGAAAGUGGAAAACGAGAGGAUUAAGAAUGAAGAUAUGGAGUCGGUGGUAGACAACUACAGUGCCGAAUACGAGGUUGCGUGUAACCGACAGGUCAAGGCACAAUAUGCUACUCAGGUUGACGUGGGGAAUGCGAGUUUGGUUCAGGAUCUGAUGGAAAUUAUGAACGAGAACACACAAUUCGUGCUCGAUAACUACAAUCGUUAUUUUGCCGAUGUUGAUGUGGAGGAUUACACUAAUCCGGAGAUCCGUCGACAGCUGAAGUACUUGACGCAGAUAUCGAUCAACCAUUUGCCCACAAGUGAUUUUAAUGCGCUGAACACUGCGCUCGGAAGGAUGCAGAGCAUCUACAGUAGCACACUGAUCUGUCCGUACGAACAGCAAAACUGCACUGACGGUACCCUGAGCUUGGAUCCGGAUCUGUACGAGGUGUUGGCCGAAUCGGAGGACUACGAUGAACUGCUGUACGUGUGGCGAGAAUGGCGUGACCAAACGGGGCGAUUGAUGAAGAACGAUUACUCGGAGUACGUUCGGCUAAUGAACAAGGCAGCCGGAAUAGCAGGAUUCGAUGAUAUGGGCGAACUUUGGAGGGAUUCUUUCGAGCAGGAGAACUUUGUCGAUGAGAUGAAGCUGCUGUGGAGUCAACUGAAGCCGUUCUACGGUGAAUUGCACACGUACGUUCGACGGCAGUUGUUGGAUAUCUACGGGGACAAGAUGGAUGCCAAAGACCCGAACAUCCCUGCCCAUUUGUUGGGUAAUAUGUGGGCACAAGCCUGGGGUAACUUAUACAAUCGCAUCAAACCGUUCAAGGAUACAGUUGAUUUAGAUAUUACGAAAGCACUGGUGGAAAAGAAUUACACAAUCAGACAGUUAUUCGAUAUUUCAAACGAUUUCUACGUUGGUCUUGGUUUGCCGGAUAACAGCAUGAGUUACAAUGAAAGUCUCGGAGCUAUGAUUGAGAAACCGUCGGAUCGUGUGGUAACGUGCCAUGCAUCUGCAUGGGAUUUCUGUGAUCGUAAAGAUUUUCGUAUCAAGAUGUGCACUCGAAUGAAUAUGGAAGACUUUAUUACGAUUCAUCACGAGAUGGGACACAUCAAUUACUAUCUUUUGUACAAAGAUCUACCGGUAACGUUGCGAGCAGGUGCAAAUCCAGGCUUCCAUGAAGCUGUCGGAGAUACGAUAGCCCUGUCGGUGGCAACCCCGAACCACUUCCGUAAAAUCGGCCUGCUCGACGGUUAUGAAGAAUCCUACGAAAAUGACAUCAACGCACUUUUCCAGAAAGCUUUAGAUAGGGUGGCGUUCUUGCCAUUCGGACUUGUGAUUGAUAUGUGGCGUUGGGAGAUCUUUUCUGGUAAAGUCGAUUUCCCUGAUUGGAACAAACGCUGGUGGGAACUGAGAGAAGAGUACCAAAUGGUUUCAGCUCCGGUAGAGCGUGACUUAGAUGCAUUCGAUCCAGGAGCAAAGUAUCACAUCCCUUACGACAGUCAGUACAUUUCUUACUUCAUUGCACAUAUACUGGACUUGCAGUUGCACAAAUCACUCUGCCAAGUAGCUGGCGAGUACGAACCGAACAACCCGGAUAAACCGUUGUACAAAUGUGAUAUUGAUGGAUCCAAAGCGGCCGGUGAUCGUUUGAAGGCUGGUCUUUCAUUGGGUCGUUCCGUACACUGGUCCGAUGCACUGCGUGCGAUGACAGGAGAAUCCGAGCUGAAGUCGGAUGCCUUGCUGGAGUACUACGCUCCACUGUACGAGUUCCUAAAGAAGGAGAAUGGGAAUGGUGCCGGUACCGCGUUAGCACUUUCCUCCAUUCUAGUCAUGGUGGUGACCGGAGUGAACCUAUUAUCGAAACUGUUAUAAAUAAUUAUUGUUAAAUCAUAUUGAAAGUUUAUUGAAGUGCAAUAAAAUCGGACGACCAUAAAGUGUAUCGGCGCA